GAAUUUGCAAAAAGACAACUAUCCACUCUGUACACAUCGAGAGACUGUGGCUCCCCCUUUCUAUGAUCACUGUCCGAGACCACGACUGGAAGAGGCGCACCAGGAAAAAGGAAAACCCUCGCCUUCUCGGCUCCAUCUUUUUGAUAAAUUUCGAGUCUUAGAGACAAAUAUGGCUUCUGCCUCUGCCAGCAUUCUACCAUCUCUUUUCUUAAGCGGAAACAAAUAUAUUUUCAAAAAUGUUCGAAAGCUUCCAGCUUCCACGGUUAAAGGUAGACAGAGAUGUGCGCGGGUUGUUGUAAAGGGUCUUGGAGAUAGUUCUGAUUCUUCAUCCCAGAGCAUUGUCAAAUAUGUUCAAAACGCUUGGAACAACUCUGAAGAUCGAAUUGGCCUUGUUGGUCUUAGUUUCGCAGCCAUUGUCGCAAUUUGGGCAUCUAGCAGUUUCAUUGUGGCCAUCGACAAGCUUCCUUUUAUCCCAAGUGCUCUUGAGGUCAUUGGAAUAUUGUUCUCUUGGUGGUUUAUAUAUCGGUACCUCCUAUUCAAACCUGACAGGGAAGAGCUAUCGAGAAAUAUCAAGAAUUCAAUUUCAAAUAUACUUGGCCAGUGAAAGAUUGCAGGGUAGCAACCAGGCGCGAAGCUUGGAAGCAAAAUUUAGAGCCAAACAGGAUCUUGUAUUGGAUUUAUUUCAAAUUCUGGAAUUUCCCGGAGUUCCAAGAACGUGCUUUAUUCUCAUGUAUGGGUUUUGUAGAUAACAAUGUUUUAUUCUGCCGACGUAUUGCUUUGGACUACAUGUGUCAGUACAACAUACUAAAGUGGCAAAUGUCUUUUUCCUUUUGAUUUGAACUUCAGUGGCCAUUGUAGAGUGUCCAACUUCAGCUA